CCUCCUGGCUCUUUAUUGAUGCUGUGAAAGGAACUCUCUUGAUUCAUGAAUACAUGAAUCUAUAAUUUGUGUUAGUUCCUAAUAAUAAAGCUGAGGCUAUUUAAAAUUUAGUCUUAAAUUUCUUUUUCUUUUUUUCAAAUGAUGAGUCUAUUUGUAUUUUUAUCCGGUGCCUCCAUGUUUUUCCAGCACACCUGAAGCCUAUUACAAUUGGUGGUUUUAACCAAGGGAUUUUUUUAACCCGAGGGCUUUAGCAAAGUUGAUCAUAAGAAAGAAGUGCUCUUUACAAUUAAUGUUUUUUAUUUUUAUUUUAUUUUAUGAAGUAUAAAAUGCAAUUUAUUUUUUUUUAUUUAUAGUAAUUAUUAAAAAUAAAGUCACUGUAUAAUCUGUCACAUUUUAUUUUAAGUUGAAAACGGCAUAGCUGUCGUUUUUUCCGCCAGUUUUAAAAAACAAUCUCAACGGCGUCGUAGUUGCUUGCCAUUUGUGCGUUUUGAAAAAUUGAAGCGAAGCCUGUGCCCUGCCAAAAUUUUAUAGAGAGAGAGAGAGAGAGAGAGAGAGAGCUGGGCAGAUGGUGAGAGGAGAAGCAUUGAUCGCUUACAGAGCUCUACUUCGAGCAACUCGGAAAUCUUUCGCUGGCGACUCAGUGAUGCUGAAUGCGUCGGCCUCCGAAGUCAGGAAGAAAUUCGAGGAGAAUCGUCACGUUACGUCUCAGACUGAGAUCCAAAGGCUCCUGGAAGAAGCUAGCGAAGCCUCCGAUUUCAUCUCUACCAUGAUCGUUCAAGCCAAACUCAACGAACGAGGCGGCUAUGAGGUGAAGCUUGGUCAAGACCAUGCUGGAGCAACGCUUGAAGUUCCAUCUGAAGAGAUUCUUCGGAAGUCUGUGUAAGAAUGGCUUUAAUAUCAUGAAGUAGUUUGUACACUGGUGUGUUUGAUGAUUGGUCAUAAGUUUUUAACAACCUUCUAUUUGGAGCUCCUUGUGAAAGAUUUUCCUGUUCUGAGUUGUUAAGUUCCAUCAAUUACUCUAGUGACAUUUUUUUUUUUGGGUUAAAACAAUAGCAACAUAUUUUUAUGUGCUCCAUUUCUAUGCCAAUUAUCUUCUGUACUAGAAAGAUUAUCAUUGUUAAAAUAACUUGUCAUAA